AUGACGCAGGCCUCAAUCAGCAAGAUCAUCAGCAAGAGGAAGGAGCUUGAAGCAAUGAGUCCAUCAGAGCUCUCUGCUAAGCGUCCCCGCUCAGUUCAACAUCCUGCCUUGGAAGAAGCAGUGGCCCUCUGGAUUUUGCAGUGCCAGCAUCGUGGAGUUGCCCUCACCAGAGACCUGAUCCGUGCCAAAGCUGCAAGCUUUGCGACGUCCAUGGAUAUUCCGGAUGGAUCAAUCAAGUUUACCCAUGGGUGGAUCUACAAAUUCCGUCAGCGCCACAAGCUAAGGGCCGUCCGUAUCCAUGGCGAGAGCGGUUCAGCCGAUGUGGCUGGACUUGAAGCAGCUCUACCAGAGUUGCAAGCAGCCGUCGCCAAGUUUGCUUCCCGUGAUGUGUACAACAUGGACGAAACUGGUUAG